AAUUGACCCGAAACCGUCUCCACCAUGUCCCAAUACAUACAUACAUACCCAUUAUGACUGAAACUUCAAAUUUCAAAACUCCUUUAUCAAAAAUCAGUUACACACAAUGGAGUCCUCUCCAUCACCACCUCUUAUUCCCUUACCAAAAAUCACACAACAAAUUGAAAUAAUAGGGUUUCUGAAUCAACACUUGAGGACCCAACAAGAUCUCAUUAUCGAAUCCACACAACUUCUCCUCUCUUCUUCACUCACUAAACAGUGCUCUCAACUUCACUCUUAUCUCCUUAACCGCCUCACUAAACGCACCGUUUCAUGGAUUUCUCGCUCCUUCAAAGCCAAUUCCUCCUUCCAUCAACUCACUCUCUCCCUCCAAAAUCUCUCCCUCCUCACCUCUCCACAUGGAAUUGGUUCGAAGAAGUUUCGGUGGGUUUUAAGUGAGGAGCUUCCGCGAUUGGCCAACGAAUUGAACCGAGUUGAGUCUAUUCGGAGUUAUCUUCAGAGUGCAAUACAGUUGGAAGCUUUGGUUGGAGAUCUUGAAGAUGCUACACUCUUUGUCAUGGCUUGUCAAACGGGCAAUAUGUUUUCAUCAAAGCUCUCAAGUUCAUCAAUUUCUGAUGAUACUGCAAGAAAGCAUGACAAGAUGCUUCAGGCCAUAAAAGCCAUGAAUGACAUUGAAGAAGUAUUGGUCACUGUUGUGAAAUUCCAUCCUCAAUGGCAGUGUCUUCUGAGGUCUGUCGACGUUAGAGUAGAUAAAAUCUUAGCUGCUCUUCGGCCACAAAUUUUUGCAGAUCAUCGAGCUCUUCUUGCCUCUCUUGGGUGGCCACCAAAACUGCUGCUGUCAGAAAAUGGAAGUGAACAAAUCACCGGACUUACUAAUCCACUAGUUCUAAUGCAAGAAGAUAAAAAAAUAAAUUAUUCUCAAAGUUUUAUAGCUCUUUGUGCUUUACAACAUCUACAAAAUAAAAGGGAAGAUAGGAAGCUUAAUAAUAAUCUUACGAAAAGAGAGAAGCAGAAUUUAUGGCUUUGGGCUAUUAACGAAGUAGUGUCUCCUAUUGCAUCGAGGAUGGAAUAUCAUUUUGGCAAAUGGACUGAGCAGCCAGAAUAUAUGUUUGCUCUGGCAUAUAAAGUAACCCGAGAUUUUAUUACAGGAGUAGACGAUGUUUUGCAGCCUCUUAUUGAUAAGGCAAGGCUUAUCAGUUGUAGUGCAAAGGAGGCGUGGGUCUUUGCGAUGGUUCAAAUGCUUUCUGGCUUUCUAGAAAAGAAAGUUUUCUCUUUGCUUGCUGAAAAAUACAAAGUAAAGCAUUUGAAAACUGAUGUCUUAUCUUCAUGGCUUCACCUCAUAGACCUCAUCAUUGCUUUUGACAAAAAAAUGCAAUCUCUUGUCAAUCUAAAUACUUGUUUCUUGACAGAGUCCGAAAAUUUUGAUGGGCCAUCAAGAGGUAUGUCGGUUUUAUCAAUAUUCUGUGAUAGGCAUGAUUGGCUGAAGAUCUGGGCAAAGUUAGAAUUCAAAAAUGCGUGGGCGACACUUAAUACAGAGCUGAAAGAGGAGAAAACAUGGGUAGUUUCUAGCAAAUGUAAAUUAGGGAUUGAUGCUGAUGAGGAACAUUUGUUAUCUACUAUAGAAGAUCACAAAGCUCCACCUAUUGCAGAGUUGUUCCUUCAAAUUAUUUGGAAACUGAUUGACCGCUGCCAAACGAUGCCGUCCAUUUUUUCACGUGCACAAUUUAUUAGAUCUGCAGCAGGAAGAUUCAUCUGGUAUUUCUUUAAGAUAUUGCUUUUGCGGUUCAAGUCAAUUGAAUUAUCUCCUCAAAAUUCUGAUGAUGUUACCAUAGUUAGAGCAUGCAGGUUAAUAAAUGCUGCCAGGUAUAUUUGGGUUAAACUGCAAGAAUGGACUGAUGGUGUUGAUUUUUUGGAGAUGAAAAUUGCGGAAAAUGAUUCUAGCAAGCCGACACAAGAUAAUACAAUGGAUAAUGACUGCUUUUUCGAUGAAGAAAUAAGAAGCUUGACUGAAAUGGAAACCAACUGGCUUGUGGAAAUUAUUGCGGUUAUUCUUCGGCAAUUUGAAAUACUUUCUUUGGAUUAUGUUCAAAACAAAGAUAAUUUUGAGGAAGAUCCAGAUUAUACAAAUCUAGUUGUUGCAAGAGAGGCGAUUGAUUUAGUUGUCUCCAAUUAUUUUGUUGAAGCUUUAGAUGCUUUAAAAAGUUGGCUCUAUAUUGUGAAGAUAAAUCUCAACAGAAAAGAUUUCUUAGAUUUAUGGAGAAGCGUUGCCGAAGGGCUAGAUCAUUACAUUUCAUGCAGCAUUUUCAGAAAUGAGAUUCGGAUCUCUAAGAUUGGGCUCAAUCAAUUUGAAGCUGAUAUGCAAGCUUUGAUAUUUAUUUUCAAGCCUUAUUGUGCUCGCCCACAUGCAUUUUUCCCUUGUAUUAAUGAGAUUCUUAAGCUUUUGAAGCUGAAAAGAGAAGAGGCAAAUCUAAUUCAAGGGUUACUAUCAAAUGAUGAAAGUGGACCUAAAUGUUUGCAUAUUUAUGGGAUUUUUCAUCUAUCAGUUAAUCAAGUUCUUCAAGUUAUUAGAUACAGAAUUUGGGCCACUUGAUUUAUGGUAUAAAGUAGUUGCAGAAAUCUCGGCCAAAUAGACAAAUACUCUUCGCAAUUGAAUAAUCACAUGAAAGCUGAUGACCUAGACUUCAAUCUUUGAAGACAAGUCAUUUGUGUCGGUAUGGAUAGAAUGAUGCAUCGAGUUCUCCCCACAAACAUGUAAAGUUUUGAAGAUUUUGAAGUCUUUGCAACGACAUUGUAAUCACAAUUUAGGUCACAUGGGCCGCAUUUGUCCACAAUGUAAAGGUUUACGGCGUAAACGAUACUGCAAUUUAAAAUCAUACCAACUGCAAAGUCUCAGCUAUUGGUUUCUAAAUAACUUGCUUACUCAUCAAGAAAACGUGUGUAGAUUGAGUCUAUUCAAAGAAAGUAUAUAUCGGUGAGUUGGAGAUUUUUCAGUUUGAAGCAGUGUUCAAAAGAUUGGAAUUAAUGUUAAGAGGAGAUAUUUUUAUAUUAUAGAGGUAAUCAAGUUGGUCAGAGGUAGUUAGUUUGUUAAGUCUGUAUAGGGCAUUUCAUGUAAUUUUUUAAUCAAUAUGAAAUUUUCUAAGAAAUUUUCUUUUAUAUUAAAUUCUCAAACUUAUUUUUAAUAUGAGAUUCAUCUUUAAUUGUAUGAUCAUGUGAAUCUAACAAUUAGUUCAUUAGUUAGGCAGUGAUUAUUGUGCAGUAAA